CUCAAACACCAAGCUGCCUCAGCCUCGAGAUAAGUGGCCAUCAGUGAAGAGAAAUAAGAGAGACCCAGAUCACAGUUUAGUCUGUCAUUCUCUUUAAGCAGUUCAAAGAAAGAAAGCGUACGUCUCUGAAUCUGCCUUGUGUUGGGGAUUUUCGAUCUUGUUCAUCACUGACAUUCCAGCUCUCCCGCAUUAGCUAGCUUGAAGUAACUCAGAAGCAAAAGCUGCAAGGUAGAUCCAAAAAGCAGUGACAAACAACAAAAAGAACAAACCGUGUUCUUUUCGCAAAGCCUGCAGCACCCUUCUUAUAUAACUAACCCAAGCAACCAUUUAGAGCACUACUCCUAGCUCUCUCAGUCCUCUCCCUCCAACUCUGUUUCCAUUCAUCGCCUCCCUCUUUACUCUUUGCACCACUUAGCUAGUGACAAAAAUGGACGCGCUCCAAGGAGCUAGCCAAAUCGGGCUGGUUUUGCAGCAGGCGAAAGCGCCACUGAUCGUGCCGCUGUUGCGAGUUUUGGUGGCGGUGUGCUUGGGGAUGUCUGUGCUGCUCUUUGUGGAGAAGGUGUACAUGGGAAUUGUCAUAAUGUUGGUCAAGGUUUUCAGAAGAAGACCUGAGAAGCGUUGGAAAUGGGAGGCAAUAAAGGAUGAUGUGGAGCUUGGCAAUUCUGCUUACCCUAUGGUUCUUGUGCAAAUUCCAAUGUACAAUGAAAAAGAGGUUUAUCAGCUUUCUAUUGGAGCUGCAUGUGGGCUUUCAUGGCCUUCUGAUAGGAUCGUAGUUCAAGUUCUUGAUGAUUCAACUGACCCUCUCAUUAAGGAUUUGGUGGAAGUAGAAGUGCAGAGAUGGGCAAGCAAAGGAAUAAACAUAAAGUACGAGGUCAGAGACAACAGAAAAGGGUACAAAGCAGGGGCUCUCAAAGAGGGAAUGAAGCACUCUUACGUCAAACAGUGUGACUACGUCGCCAUUUUUGAUGCCGACUUCCAACCUGAGCCCGAUUUUCUGUGGCGCACAAUCCCAUUUCUCCUCCACAACCCUGAUAUUGCUCUUGUCCAAGCUCGCUGGAAAUAUGUAAACGCUGAUGAGUGCUUAAUGACCAGAAUGCAAGAGAUGUCUCUAGAUUACCAUUUCACAGUGGAGCAAGAAGUUGGGUCUGCUACUCAUGCCUUCUUUGGUUUCAAUGGCACAGCUGGAGUGUGGAGAAUCACGGCCCUCAAUGAGGCUGGAGGAUGGAAGGACCGCACAACAGUGGAGGAUAUGGAUUUAGCUGUCCGAGCUAGUCUUAGAGGCUGGAAGUUCGUCUAUAUUUCUGACCUCAAGGUGAAAAAUGAAUUGCCCAGUACUUUCAAAGCCUACCGUUAUCAGCAGCACCGUUGGUCUUGUGGUCCAGCUAAUCUCUUCCGGAAGAUGGUAAUGGAGAUUUUAAGAAACAAGAAGGUGUCCCCAUUGAAGAAGCUUCAUGUGAUCUACAGCUUUUUCUUUGUUCGCAAAAUUGUAGCACAUAUUGUCACCUUUGUCUUCUACUGUGUUAUUUUACCAGCAACGGUUUUGGUUCCUGAAGUUCAAGUUCCCAUUUGGGGUGCUGUAUACAUUCCUUCUACCAUUACUCUCCUCAAUGCAGUUGGAACUCCUAGAUCACUCCACCUAUUGAUUUUCUGGAUUCUCUUUGAGAAUGUAAUGUCCCUGCACCGGACUAAGGCAACAUUUAUAGGCCUGUUUGAAGCAGGGAGAGUAAAUGAAUGGGUCGUCACCGAGAAAUUGGGAGAUGCUCUCAAGACAAAAUCAGCUGCAAAAGCUCACCGGAAACCUCGACUAAGGAUCGGAGAAAGACUCCAUUUGCUUGAGCUCAUUGUUGGACUCUACCUCUUCUUCUGUGGGUGCUAUGAUCUUGCUUAUGGAAAGAACCGCUUCUUCAUCUACCUUUUCCUCCAGUCCACUGCUUUCUUCAUUGCCGGGGUUGGUUAUGUUGGCACCUUCAUCCCUAGCUCAUAGCUGAACUCGCUGCGAAAAAUUGAUUCAAGAGUGUCAAGUGAAUGAUGAUUUUUUUUUUAUUGGGGAGCUUUUGAUUCAAGUUUUAGGUGUUUUGGAUUAUUUAUAGGCCGGUCAUUCUUUUGUGGGUUCAAAUUAGGUUAUUUCUUUGUGUCAAGUA